AUGCGUUUCUCUACCGCUUUCGCUCUCCUCGCCGCCGCCACUGGUAGCGUUGAUGCCUGGUCCGUGUGGUUCUCCGAGGACGGAUUGUGUUCUCUUCAACCUGGCAAGAGUAAGCGGGCGCUAUCAAGUGACCACCAGGGCGACUGCUACACUUUUGGUGCCGACAUGCCCGGGGUAUCGUGUACCGAAACCACCAUCAGCAACAAGGGCAACCCCGCUUUUGGGCCUUGCGGCAACCCUCCGUGGCGGCCGCACUCCCUCGAGAUCGUUUCCGGUCGAGGCUGCACUAUGUUCAUGCAUCCCAACUGCGAGGGCCCCCGUUGGGACACCGGCAAGCCAUUCGGCUGCCUAUGGCGCGAAUCUAAUGGUGACUCCACCAUCAGAUCGUUCCGUUGCUACGACUAA